ACAGAUGAGAAAUGAGCCUUUGUCGACUUGUGAACGGAAGUUUAUUCUUGAAGGUUUCGCUGAAAAUCAGCGCUUGGACGGUCGCACUCUGACCGACUUCCGACAAGUGAAGCUUGUUGUGGGUGCAGAAUGUGGAACAGCUCUGUGUACCAUGGGAGAUACCAAAGUUUUAUGCGCAGUCAGCGCCACUCUCACAGAACCACGUGCUACUCGUCCAAACAAAGGUUUUGUGGCCGUGGAUGUAGAUAUGAGUCCUAUGGGGAACCCUGCUAAUGAGCACAAUCGCUUGGGUGAACGAGGUCUCGAGCUUACUCGUAUGCUCGAACUAGUAUUGAGAGACUCUCGCUGCAUCGAUGUUGAGUCUCUUUGCAUUCGAGCUCACAAAGAGGUCUGGAAGUUGAGAAUUGACGUUAGGGUAUUGGAUGAUGACGGAGCGUUGCUGGAUUGUGCAUCUGUAGCUGCUGUUGCUGCAUUAUAUCAUUUCCGGCGUCCAAACGUUACUGUUGAGCCUAACCGAACCAUCAUUCACUCAGAAUAUGAGCAAGCUCUUGUACCGUUAAACAUCUACCACAUGCCCAUAUGCGUCUCAUUUGGAUUUACCAAGGCAGGUAAUUAUGUUGUGAUAGACCCUACGGAUAAGGAAUCGCAGUGUUUGUACGGUUGCUUAGUGAUCGCUUGUAAUAAACGACGUGAAGUCUGUGCUCUCCAUCAGUCGACUAAUCUUAUCCUCAACACUAGCACGAUAGAAGCAUGUGUGAAACGAGCCAUGCAGAGAGCUGUUGAUUUAUCGGAACUGAUCUCGACGGUGAUAAAAGAUGAUGCGACGAAACGUGCUAGUUAUCAGAAACCGGCUGGAUUUGAACUUACCAUAAAUGCGCAAUUGCUAACUACAAAGGAGGCUCAGCCUAAUGAGCUUGUCGCCCCCGCUGUUGAACUUAGAGAAGAACACCUCGAAGUAGGACAACCUAGUGUCAUGCUGAACCAGAACCCGCUAACAAGAGAUAAUGGGUCUGAAUUUGAUGAACGCACAGAGGAAAAAGUGCUAGCUGGACAAGUGGCAUCGAUAGUGGAUGGUGUAGACAACGUUAGCAUGGAUACUGUUACCGAUCCUGGACCUUCAACUCCAACGCAAGCCAAGCAGAGAAUCAGCAACAGAAAGCGUGAGCUUGACGAGGUGGCUGAUUUGCUUGAAGAUCUUGAUGACCUCGAAGGAGAGGUAGUGGAACUGCAACCUCAACCCUCUAAGCAAAUUCGCGAACCUAGCAUGGAUAUUGAUCUGUUGAAGGCGAGAAAGAAGACUUAG